GUCUCAGUGGCAGCAAUGUGCACAUCGAGUCCUUAGUGCACACUGCACACAGAGGCAACGAGGAAGUCCUGUUUGGACCGUUUGAACACUUUAAAAAAAAGUCUCCACAACCCUGCGGCGGUAUCGCGUGCUAUGUCACGACGCGUUUAAUGCCCCGAAGGAGCGUAGGAAAGACUUCGGUCCAACUUUGACAGGUGAUGGCAGAGUUGCGAUGAGCUCCCCUGGUGGGUUCACUGCUAUGAUGGAAGCUCACCGGGUACCGCAGGUAACCAUCACUCCGGAGGGAGGCGGGUCGGCGCGAGAGAUGCAGCAAGAGGACUGGGGUGAUAAUGCAAUGGACGGUGCUUUGCGAAGAAAACUAUCCACCUCCUCUGUGUCCUCCACGGGAUCCUCGGCAGUGGAGUCUGAGGAUGAUCUGCUCAGCGACAGUGAGAGCAAAAGUAAAGGCAUCGUCACUUUGGAACAUCUAGUGGACACUGUAGAGAUCAAGCCCUGGUGGAAGUUGAAGACAAUCGUCCAAUGGCCUUUUAGCGCCACCCAGAGAAGAAAACUAAACUGGGUACAGCUUGCCGGUCAUAAAGGUAAUUUUAAAGCAGCAGACGAGGGAAGCAUUUUAAAGAAGUACUCUGAAAAUGAGAUGUGGUGUUUCGAGAGACUGAGAGACGACGCUCUGCUCCCGUUUGUUCCUGUGUACCACGGCGUUGUGGAAAAAGAUGGAGAGUCUUUUCUGCACAUGGCUGACCUGCUGGCAACCUUUGACCUCCCAAAUGUCAUGGACUGCAAGAUGGGUGUGAGAACCUACUUGGAGGAAGAACUGGUUCGAGCACGGGAGCGGCCUAAACCGAGGGAGGACCUGUACAACAAGAUGGUGGAGGUGGACAGCGAAGGGCCCACUCCCCAGGAACAUUCCCAACGUGGCGUCACCAAGCCUCGCUACAUGCAGUGGAGGGAGAGCAUGAGCUCCAGCAACUCCAUGGGCUUCAGAAUAGAAGGCAUCAAGAAAAGUGACGGCACGUGUCGAACCGACUUCAAGAGAACCAGAUCGGAGCAGGAUGUCAUGGUGGUGUUCAAGGACUUUGUCGGAGGGAACGUCAACAUUAUAAAGUCCUACCUGAGAAGGCUGAUGGAGAUCCAACAGGCUCUUACAGCAUCGGCGUUCUUCAAGCAGCAUGAGGUCAUUGGCAGCUCUCUGCUCUUCAUCCACGACCACACAGGCAACGCUCAGGUGUGGAUUAUUGACUUUGGAAAGACCACGGCAUUACCGGAGGGCCAUGUGUUGAAACACAACAUUCCGUGGCGAGAGGGCAACCGUGAGGACGGAUACCUGUGGGGGCUGCAAAACCUCAUCCACACCCUAGAGGCCGUAAGCAGUGAAGGGAGCAGCCGUGAAUGAAGCUGACCAAACUCUAAACAUGGAGAGGAAGUGGGUGAAAGGUCACCUUCAGUGCAGGCGUUUGCUGUGGGGUUUUAAUAGGAUUAUGGAAGUGGAACUGUUCCACAAGAAAGGAAGAAAGUAUUGGGACAAACAAUGAGACCUGAAGGAAGUUUUGGAUGGCUUUGUUUUGUGAUCCGGACGUCCUUAUAUGGGCAGAUUACCUGCACUCAGUAAAUGCAGACAGAGUAUCUGGAAGUCCUCGGGAGUGCAACCAAUCAUAGUGGAGUGGGCAGACCUAGAGGAGGGCUGAGGGUGGAGUAAGUCUAGGAAGUCCAUGGAGACACCUGACAGAAUCUGGAAGAUCUAGAAAGCUUUCUGUGCAGGUUAUUGUGUGUAGUUGCUCUUUCGGAGUUCACACAAAAUGUCUUGGUAUGAUAAAUAUAUCAUAUUCAAGCAAUAACUAAAAGGUUCUAGUCACACCAUUGAUUGAUUAAGAGGGGAAAAAAGCAAAAAUAUAUAGUCAAUACAUAUACGUAUAUAGUAAAUAUAUAGUCAAUACAGCAAAAAGUCAGAAAGUAAAGAGAAAACGCUGAAAUGUCAAUACUAAUAAUGCAAAGUUUUGUCUUUAAAUAUAUAUAUAUAUAUAAUAAUAUAUACGACUCCAAUAAAUGACUAUAAAUAAAUAAAUAUAAUAUAAAUAGAUAAAUACUGUACAAAAUAAUACGCGGUCGCCACUUUAGUAAAUAUUUCAACUUGAUCCUCUGUUAUGUAACAAUAUCUUAAGUUUUCUGUGUUCUGUGUGAGCGAGUUCUGACUUACACUAAAUCUUAAUGCCGUUGUAGGACUGGAACUCAUACAUAAACCGAGGACCUCCUGUUUAUAGCGUUUUUAUUUAUUUAUUUUUUUAAAUAAAUGUUUGGAGAAUUGAAAUAUCAAAAUGACCUAGCUAAGCUGUUAGCUAACCUAUGCCAUGAAGCACACCUCGUUACUGAGUCAACAAACUGACAUCAAUUAAACCGUUCUCAACAAUAAGGACAGCAUUGCGAAACUAUGCUUACUUCGAAAGUCAUUAUCUUUAAUAAUGUUGGCUCGUCAUUGUGACUUGUUUGCCUCCAUCAUAUUCUUUUUUUUUUUAAUUAUUAAUCUUAUUUACUUUUCCCAAUUAGAAUGGUGGACACCAGAAGCUUAAUAUACAGUAAUUCCUCAUUUAUUAUCAUAGUUUUUUCCAUUUCCGGAUUACUUAUUUAUAAAUUGAAUAUUUUCAUAGGUUUAGCUUCUAAAUAUGUUUUUUGACAAGAAGUAACAUAAGAGAAACAUAAGAGAAAAUAAGAUAUAAUAUAGACUCACGAAUGUUAGCAUUGGGAGAGUUCCUGGAGCCUAUCCCAGCUGACUUCGGGCAGGGUACACCCUGGGCUGGUCGCCAGCCACAGGGCACAUAUAGACAAACAACCAUUCACACUCACAUUCAUACCUAUGGACAAUUUGGAAUACUUUUUUUCUUUUUUUUUUAAACUUUUUUCUCUUCAACGACAUCAUAUGGUGGCUAAUGUAACAUUACUGACACCUAGUGGGUGGUGGAGAAUACUACAUAACAUGUCUUUCAAUGUUUUUUUCAAAAUGUGUUAUAUUUGUACUUUACGUCAUUUAGUCAUUUUAAUGCUUGAACUUGCUUAAUUUAGGCCAAAAAUAUGUAAGAUUUGCCUAAUCGCACAUAUUUAUGACUAAUAAUAGGCCAUAGUCAAUGACAGAGAUUUAUUAGUUUGUAGGGCUGGGCGAUAUAUCGAUAUAUUGAUAUUUAUAAAAUAUUGAUAUUUCUGUUAAGCACGACAUCAAAACAAGCAUAUCGUUCAUAUCGAUAUAGACUGGAUUUGAUGUGGAAUUGUCAUGUUUCAAGAUGGUGCCGCCCUGAGUGACAGCUGGUUACGACAGCUUUGUAUCUUCCGCUACGUUUUUAAUGUAUAAUAGUGCUUUAAUCGUAUGUCCUUAUUGUUUUAAAUGCCGUAUCGACCUCUUAAGCAAGCGUGCAUCUAUUGAUGUUCAUCUUGUUCCAUCUGUAGCUUGUUGCAGGAAACACAUUCAUUCGCAGCUCCAUUGUUUACACUCAAGAGCAGCUGUUAAUUUUGAGCCACACACCCCUUUCGCUACACCGAGCGACCGGAGAUCCCUGCGGCGAUACGGAGGAGGACAGACUGCACAGUGGGAGUGAAGUACUGGGAAAGUGAGAUCUCUUCCCAAACUGGAUGGAAGAGCUAACGGUGCUAACUGGACUCCUAUGAGUGUAGCCUGAUUAAGAUUGAAGACUCGGGCGAUUGAUUUAUUUAUCCAUUUAUUCCAGCGACUAUUUUUCCAAGAUUUAAUUUUAUAUAUAUAUAUAUAUAUAUAUAUAUAUAUAAAAAACAGCUUUACACUAAUAUUUGACUUUCUCUAAACUCACUUUGUGCAAAAAUGAAGUGAUAAAAAAUAAAGAGUAUAUAAAGAGUAUAUCGUAUAUGAAUAUUCAAACUAAAUAUAUUGAGAUAUGAAUUUUGGAUCAUAUCGCCCAGCCCUCUUUGUUUGUAUUUUUUUGGAGUGAAGCCGCAAAAUUGGGAUAGUGAUGUGGCGAGGGAAACUUGAAUUGAAAAUGUAUUAAUGUUACUUUAUCACAAUACUAACAUUUAUUUAGAUGCACCUGUAUUGAAAAGAUGCCUGUCAGGUUACAUUGUGGUUACAGCCAUGCCUUUCUCUAUGCUGACAGCGGAAUUGUUAGUGGACAAAUGAUCACUUCCUAGAAUUGAUAAUUUUUACUACUCUUUCACACCUUCAUUUUGGAAAAUUGUGUUGUAAUAAAUGAUUAAAUUAAGGAAAAUGCUGUCUAUUUGAUUACUGUUAACAGUAAACACUAUUUAUAUUUAUGGGUUUCUGAGAAGUUAUUUUUAAAGAUGAAUAAUUAUACACAAAAAUAUUAAUGGUUGGUUGUGUUUAUUUCCUUUAGGUGCAUUUUGGUUAGUUGCAAAUGUGAAAGACAUUACAUUGCAUAGAGUUCACACUCAAAUAACCCAACCCAAUGGAAUAAAAGCAGUGUUAGACAAUGUUAAAACACACAUUUUGUUUGUUUCAUUCAAAUAUCAGCAGGUUUGAAAAGAAAAUGAUCAAAAAAGUGUGAUUGAUGAGGAACAAUCCACAAGAAUAAAUCCUAAAAACCGAAUACAUAUGAUCUCAUUUUACUGCAAUAUGAUUAGCACAAAGACUGAGAUCAAUGGAGCAGCGUGCUUGGUAUGUCACAGCUGAAUACCCCCCUCUGCUGAUUAAACCUUAGUACUACAACACCGUUGUCGUAAUAUGGCAGUGAUUGACAAUGCGAUAUUUAUAUGGCUAAAAAUGACGAGGAAA